UCAUUGCAUUUGGUGAUAUGGGCAAAACUCCUCUCGAUGCUUCCAAAGAACACUACAUUCAGCCCGGAGCUCUUUCAGUGAUUAAAGCUAUAGCCGAAGAUGUAAAUUCCAAAAAGGUAAAUUCAGUGUUUCACAUCGGAGACAUAAGCUAUGCGACAGGUUUUCUAGCAGAAUGGGAUUUCUUCCUUCACCUUAUCAACCCAGUAGCUUCCAGGCUUUCUUAUAUGACAGCAAUAGGGAAUCAUGAGAGGGAUUACGUAGAUUCUGGUUCAGUAUAUAUUACUCCUGACUCUGGUGGGGAAUGUGGAGUACCGUAUGAAACAUAUUUCCCAAUGCCAACUUCAGCAAAAGAUAAGCCUUGGUACUCUAUAGAACAAGGAAGUGUUCAUUUCACAGUAAUAUCAACUGAGCAUGAUUGGUCAGAAAAUUCUGAGCAGUAUGCGUGGAUGCAAAAGGACAUGGCAUCGGUUAAUCGACAGAAAACUCCUUGGCUAAUCUUCAUGGGACAUAGACCGAUGUACACUUCUCACCAGGGAUUGUUAUCCUCUGAAAACAAAUUUAAUGAAGCUGUGGAACCAUUGCUAUUUCAAAAUAAGGUUGACUUGGCUCUUUUCGGCCAUGUACAUAAUUAUGAGAGAACUUGUUCCGUGUUUCAACAAAAAUGUAAAGCCAUGCCUACAAAAGAUAAAAAUGGAAUGGAUACAUAUGAUGGCCGAAAUUACAGUGCUCCAGUGCAAGUUGUCAUUGGCAUGGCUGGCUUCACCUUGGACAACUUUUCAAGCAAUGUUGAGAGCUGGAGCCUGAAAAGGAUUUCCGAAUUUGGUUAUCUAAGAGCACAUGCUACAAGAAAGGACUUAAGCCUAGAGUUUGUCGUCUCAAAUACAAAAGAAGUUAUGGACAGUUUCCACAUUACAAAGUGAUAGCUCAUUCAAGAAACAGAGCAUACGUAAGUGAAGGCUAUAUUAUAGAUAGAGACCAUACAGAUAGAAACAACAUCAUAUGUUUGUGAAAGACAAAGAAGAUAUGGACGUA